AUGGAAGUUCAACAAAAGCAGCAAGAGGUGUUUAUUUGCCAAACCAAAUAUGCUAAAGAAAUUCUGAAGAAAUCCAAAAUGGAUAAAUGCAAGAUUGAUACAACUAUUAUGGGUAAAAAUGAAAAGUUGGGCAAGGAAAGUGCAGCUGAGAAGGUUGAUGAAACUCUAUACAGAAGUCUAGUGGGUUGUUUGAUGUAUUUAACAACCACAAGACCUGAUAUCUUACACUUUGUAAGUAUGCUAUUUAGAUUCACAAAUUGUGCCGUUGAAACUCACUUUAUUGCUGCUAAAAGAGUUUUAAGGUAUGUGAGAGGAAUACUAGAUUAUGGAAUCAAGUUCGAUGCUAGUAAAGAUUGUGUUCUGUUGGGCUAUUUUGAUAAUAAUCAUGGUGGUAUUGAUGAUAUGAAGAGUACUCAGGAUAUUGUUUUAAUAUGGAGUUAG